GAAACAGGAAAGAAGACAACAAAAUGAAUUCUUUCAAUAAGCUUACAGCAUUAUUAGCUCUACUAUUUUGUUUGAUUCUUUGUUUUUCUGUAUUUACUGAAGCUUCAUCUAAUUAUUAUUACAAACCUAAACCUAAACCCAAAUCCAAAAAGUCAACGUUUGGUAUUGGUUUCUAUUCAAAAUCAUGUCCAGCAGCUGAAGGCAUUAUAAGAAAAGCUGUAUUCAAAGCUGUUCUUAUGAACCCUGGCAUUGCUGCUGGCAUUAUUCGCAUGCAUUUCCAUGACUGCUUUAUUAGGGGUUGUGAUGGUUCAGUGUUGCUGGAUUCAGUUAAUGGAAACGAAACAGCUGAGAAAGAUAGUCCCAUUAACAACCCAAGCCUUCGAGGGUUUGAGGUUAUUGAUGAAGCAAAAGCAUUACUGGAAAUUCUAUGUCCACGAACAGUUUCGUGUGCAGACAUACUUGCUUAUGCUGCUAGAGAUAGUUCCUUCUUUGUAGGUGGCAUAAAAUAUGCUCUUCCAGGAGGACGUCGUGAUGGACGCGUUUCAUUGAGCUCCGAAGUCAUUCAAAAUCUUCCUCCACCUUUCUUCGAUGCCAAGCAACUCGAAGACAACUUCAAAAGAAAAGGAUUGUCACUUGAUGAAAUGGUGACACUAUCAGGAGCUCAUUCCAUUGGUCGAUCUCAUUGUUCUUCCUUCUCUAAUAGACUUUACGGUUUCAAUGCUACACAUCCUCAAGAUCCUUCACUUGAUCGUAGAUAUGCUUCGUUCUUGAAAAACAUGUGUCCUCGACCAAUUAGCGACACUCAAGUUGAUCCAAUGGUGAAUCUUGACGUUUCGUCACCUAUUCACCUUGACAACAAGUAUUAUCUCAAUUUGAAGAACCAUAAGGGAUUGUUAACUUCUGAUCAGACAUUGUUUGAAAGUCCUUUAACUUCUAAGUUGGUGUUGAAUAACGUUAAGUAUCGAUCGACUUGGGCACGUAAGUUUGCUGCUGCUAUGGUUCAUAUGGGUUCAAUUGAAAUCCUCACGGGUAACAAGGGUGAGAUCAGGACGAAUUGUCAUUUCAUCAACUGAUUUAAUUGGCUUGAUUGAUUUAUUGUAUGUUGAAAUUUGCGUGAGAUUUUGUAUUCUUUUUCUUCGAUUUUCUUUCUAAUACAUUGUGUUGAUUGUUAAAUUCAAUGUAAGUACCAGUUGUAUCAUUGCAUAUGUUUACACGA